AUGUUGCAGAGACAGUUACCAGAAACAAUGGCAUUUAAGUACCUGGGAAGUACACUUGAGACUGGUGGAGGAGUCGGGGCAGAAGUAAACCGAAGGAUACAAUGUGGAUGGAACAACUGGAAGAAGAUGUCUGGCAUCCUCUGCGAUACAAGUAUCCCAUCGAAGGUGAAAGGCAGGAUCCACAUGUGGGUAAUCCAACCAGCGAUGCUAUAUGGUAUGGAAACGGUACCCCUGAGUACCCGUAACACCAAUAGACGAGGAGUGCCAGAAAUGAAAAUGAGCAGAUGGGCAUGUGGCCACACAUUGAAAGAUCACGUGAUGAACGAAGUGAUUCCAGAAAAAAAUGAGAAUCACACACAUUACGGAACAGUGCAGGAAAGCCCAACUAAAAUGCGAAAAGAAGAGAUGAGGAGUAUGCUGGGCGCAGAGUGCUAG